AUGGCAGGUGGUAUAAAUGGCGACCCAGAACCAAAAGGUGUUAAACGCAAAUGUGAAGAACCGUCCAUCACACAAGAACAGCAUGAUUCACCUUCUGACAACAGUGGUAUGCAUACAGAUAUCCCAAUCUCCAAUUCUAAGGUACGCUGCAAGUUUUGUCAUAAAACAAAUACAGAAGAUGUGCUUAUACCUUCAAGUGCGGCACCAGAAUGCAUUGUGUUAACAAACGAGAUUUUGGCUAAUAUUUACACUGAUAAUGAUGAUGUGGUACAACACAACUUAACAAAUUACAGCAUUUAUGAUGAAAAUGGGCAUAUGUGCUCUAUAGAUUCAGGGGUAAUGGAGAGAAAUGUCACAAUAUAUAUGACUGGCUAUGUAAAACCAAUCUAUGAUAAUAGUCCUGGUAUAGAAGAAGGAAUAGCUGCUAGAGAAUUGGGACCAAUAUUGGAAUGGUGGUUAUCAUCAUACGAUGGCGGUACUCAGGCAUUAAUAGGUAUUAACACAGAAUAUGCUGAUUAUUUAUUGAUUGAGCCACACCCUAAAUAUAAAAAAUACAUGACGUCAGUAACUGAAAAGAUACAUUUAAGUAGAGAGGUAAUUAAAAAUAUUUUAAGUAGUGAAUAUGACGAUCCAACUUAUGAAGAUAUUUUAAAUUGUAUAAUAGACUCUGUAAACCCAGCAACAGGCAAUAAAUUCACUGAAGAAGACCUUAUUUCUCAUGCUCAAUUUGUCCUCAAUCAAGUAUUAGAAUACGACUCAAAUGACACAUAUCAUUUACCUUUAGCAGAAACUCAAUGUAUUGAAACAUUGACCCAGCUUUCAGGGGCUGCAAAACCUGUUAAAGCACUGUCUAGAAGAGCCGGACAAAGAACUCAAUAUGUGAAAACUGAUAUUAAUAAACGAGAAUUCAGCAAGGCAACUACUACAGAGUUAGUUAAAGAUGUAUUUGAAAAUAUGUUUGCGGCUCAAUUAGAUAUUGACGAUAAAGAAAAUGAAGGAAACGUGAAUACACUUGUUAAGACCAUGUUUGAUGAUGUUUGCAACUCUAAAAUAAAAAAAGAGAAAUCUGAUAUACGUGUAAAUGUUAAUCAGGUGUUGUGGAGAGACCAAGUACUGUGUGAAAAGAUGUUUGUUGUUGUGAAAAACAAUGUCUCAACAAUUCCAUUAAUAGGAUGCAUAGAAUAUUUUUUUAAGACAAAGUUUAAAAAUAAUGCCCAUAUUCAGCUCUUUAUGCAUAGUUAUGAAACUGUACUGGGUGAAACAGCUGACCCUCAGGAAAUAUUUUCACUCAAAAAUUGUACAAAUAUUGAUGUUAAAAAUAUAGUCAGAGUAAUAGAUGUUGUACAAAAAAUACCUAGUAAAAAUUGGUUUCAACUCGGUAAUUCAAAAUUACAAGAUCUCUUAGAACCUGUUAAUCGCAAAAGUAAAAAUUCAUUUUUUUAUCAACUACAAUAUGAUGAUAAAUUUGGACGAUUCGAGUAUCCAAAACCUUUAGAACCAAAUACUGUUAUUACAGAAGGUUAUUGUAGUAAUUGUGAAGAUUUUGUCUUAGAACAAAAAUCAAAAGAACCUGAAUUACAUGAGUUCAUUGAACAAGAUAAUAAUAUUUCAUAUUUUUAUAAAUUUAAAUUAUUUGAUGAAGAGUAUAAAGUUGGUAACUUUAUUUAUUUACAACCUGAAAUAUUCAAAACAGCUUCAAGAUCAAAUAUGAUUGGAGAAGAACCAUUUGAGUUUAAAAAGACAAAUAAAAAUAUAAGUAAUCAAGAACAAAAAGUUAUUGAUGAAACUAAAUAUCCUGAGUAUUAUCGUAAGUCAUUGGAAAAUACAAUGCGUGGUUCAAAUGAAACUACUCCAGAUCCAUUUGAAAUUGCAGAAAUAUUGGCAAUAUACUUUGUCGAUUGGGAUAGAAAAAAUAUCAAGCUGAUUGUACGACGUAUGUAUAGAGCUGAACAAAUUCCUCUAGAAGAUUAUGCUAAAAAUUCAGAUAUGAAUAUGUUAUUUUGGUCAGAAGAAGAAUUUAGAGUUACAUAUCAAAACAUACGUGGUAAAUGUUAUGUUUCUUUCAUUUCUAAUAUUCAAGAUCCACUUUUGUGGUCUUCGGGUGGACCAGAUCGAUUUUAUUUUACAAAGAAAUAUGAUUUUAUAUUUGGUUCUAUUGUCUCUGAACAUGAACUUCCAAGUGAAGCUAAAUUGACAGGCAAAGAAGUAUAUGUUAAUUAUAAAUAUCAAUAUGUGGAUGAAAAUAAAUUACAGUAUAUACCAUCAUAUAAGAAAAUCAAACCACUCAGAGGACUUGAUAUUUUUGCUGGUUGUGGCGGUCUGUCUAGGGGCUUAGAAGAUAGUGGUCUCGUUAUAAGUAAUUGGGCUAUUGAGUGCGACGACAAAGCUGCAGGGGCAUUUAAAUUAAACAAUCCAGAGGCAACUGUGUUUGUUGAAGAUUGUAAUCAUUUAUUAAAAUUAGCAAUGUCUGGCGAAAAAACAAACAGUAAAAAUCAAAACAUACCGCAAAAGGGUGAAGUUGACUUUAUUUGUGGAGGACCUCCUUGUCAAGGGUUUAGUGGAAUGAAUAGGUUUAAUUCUGGUCAAUAUUCAUUGUUUAAGAAUUCUCUGAUUGUUUCAUUUUUAUCAUAUAUUGAUUUCUAUCGUCCAAAAUAUUUUGUCAUGGAAAACGUUAGAAAUUUUGUAUCUUUUAAAAGAAGUAUGGUUCUUAAACUGACUCUUAGAUGUAUUACACGUAUGGGCUACCAGUGUACAUUUGGAAUUCUACAAGCCGGUAACUUUGGUGUACCUCAAACUAGAAGGAGGUUAAUUAUUAUGGCAGCAGCUCCUGGUGAAAAAUUGCCACUCUAUCCUGAGCCUAUACAUGUCUUCAAUAGAAGGAGCUCCAGUUUAACUGUUCAAAUUGGUACCAAAAAAUUCAAAACUAACUGUAAGUAUGACGAGUCAGCUCCUAUGAGAACAGUUACUGUAUAUGAUGCUUGGUCUGAUUUACCUGAAAUACCAAAUGGAGCAAGUGACGAAGAUAUCAUAUACAAAUCAAAGCCCAUUACACAUUUACAGAAAUUAUUAAGAUAUCCAGACAAUCGAUAUGCAGAAUCUAUAUUGAGUGAUCAUAUAUGCAAAGACAUGUCAUCUUUGGUUCAAGCUAGAAUGGCACUGAUACCAGUAUGUGAAGGAAGUGACUGGAGAGACCUGCCCAAUAUAACAGUACAAUUACCCGAAGGAAUUAAAACCAAUAAACUUUUGUAUACUCACCAUGAUAUCAAAAAUGGUUAUGGUCCAAAUGGUGCAUUACGGGGUGUUUGCAUGUGUGCCACUGGUGAUAAAUGUGAUCCGCAAGAUCGUCAAAACAAUACAAUUAUUCCUUGGUGUUUACCACAUACUGGUAAUAGACAUAAUAACUGGGCAGGCUUAUACGGCCGUCUGGCAUGGUCAGGGUUUUGUUCAACCACCAUUACAAAUCCUGAGCCAAUGGGAAAACAAGGCAGAGUACUUCAUCCUGAGCAACACCGUGUGGUCAGUGUACGAGAGUGUGCCCGUUCACAAGGUUUUAAAGAUUCUUUCAUAUUCCAUGGUCCAAUUAUAAACAAACAUAGGCAGAUUGGUAAUGCAGUUCCUCCACCAAUGGGUACAGCUAUUGGUCAUGAAAUAAUCAAAGCUAUUGACAAAAAACCUAGAUAUAUUUACAGUCCAUUUUUUUAG